UACAAGUAGCAUUCCGUAGCGAAUCGGAAAUCGAUAGUUUUUGGUUUUUUUAUAGUACUAUUGUGUAACUGAUUACAAUAUUAUCACGUCGAGUCCACGCGUAACUGAUACUAAGAUUUUUUAAUCGAUGGUACUUGCGCCCUUCAAUAAUUAAGUCGCUCUCAAUUUUGUUUAAAAAAAUGUAAAACUAUUCACCGUCACACCCCAGGGGAGGAGUACCGCGUCCUUGUUGCUUGCUUACAUUAUUGAUCAGGCUGACUCAACGUUAUCUAUCAGGGGUUGUAAAUAUGGAGCUCGACAGCAGUUCGCGAAGGUUAAUGCUAGUCAAAGAAGAUGCGACCGAUCGUCGGAUUCGCAAUUGCAAGUAUUUAAGGCAACAAAUAUGGAAGACGAGAAGUAUGAACUUCACCCUCUAAUGCACGGUUGCGACGAUUCGUGGACGUGGAACAGAAGAGAGAAAAGUCGGGAAGUUACUCUUUACGGAAAUUCGUUCAAUAUUGCACAUUUCCACCCUAACUGGAGUAGUGGAACGGCUGGUGUCAGGGGAACAAGGGUUUUAAAUAAUGGUAAAUACUUCUGGGAGAUUCAUCUAUCGCAGAGAAUUUUUGGUACAAGUAUGAUGUUUGGAAUUGCUACAAAAUACGCUCGAUUACACGUAGAUUCCUUCACAAAUCUUCUAGGUGAGGACUGUCACGGAUGGGGUUUAUCGCAUAAGGGCUUGCUUUGGCACGGCGGUACUUGGUAUCAUUAUACAAAACCAUUUCGGGAAAACGAAGCAACCGUGAUUGGCAUACUAUUCGACGGCGUCGACGGUACCCUUACGUUUUAUAAAGACGGCAAGUGUCUCGGUAUCGCAUUUAGGGGCUUACACGAAGUUAAGCAGAGUUUAUAUCCAAUGGUGUGUUCAACGGCGGCAAAAACGGAAAUGAAGCUGACGGGGAUGAAACGCGACUUUGUUAACUUGCAAGACCGCUGUCGGGCUGUUAUUCUCAAAUGUGUAGUUGAUAAAACUUCUAUUGACGAACUAAUGAUACCCCCUAGAAUUAAAGGUUACCUAAAAGAAGGAAUAAACGAAAUACGGAUGCAACCCUUUCAACCGAUAAGUGAGAACGAGUAUCUCCUUGGUACUUAAAUUCGAUUAGUCCACGUGUAGUAAAUGUGAUAUUUUUAUUUAUUCUGUAACGGUUGUAAAGUAAGCAACCGUGUGUUCAUUUAAUGGACCCCGUGAUUGUCAUGAUGCCAUAUUUUGUAAAUAUCUGCCCACCUAUAGUAUUAAAUGAGCGUAAUAUGUUGCUUGGUAGAGUUUAGGACGUGAAAAAUUGUUUAGUAGAUCGUAAAGCGACGUUAUCACGACUUUUUCAUUUCCAAUUUUUGGAAGUUGAGGUAAAAGAAGAUGUACAUACAGGUAGGUUAACGGAAGCCCACCUCAACAUAAAUAAUAACCUAGUUAAGAUUUUCUGUUUAGUAUUUUGUAUUGGCCAUUAUGUGCAAUAUGCUUGAUACACAUUCGUCAAUAACCGUUGGAAAAUCUGCACUAUUAUUGUUCGGACAUUUUUAAUGAUCUCCAUUGUGAAUUUGCGUUGAAGACAGGAAUUAGGACGAAUAAAUCUUGAAUUUAUAACUUUUUGUAUGUUUGUACUAGUUAUAACUACGGUUCAGAAUUUUUAAACUUGUACCUAUAGUACAUAUAUACCUAUUCGAAUAUUAAUUGCAAAUUUUGUUAAAAACCUCGCCAUUCUUGGAUCGCCCGUAUCCGGUCUACCCCUGUUGCAACUUCACUUCUCAUUGGAAGCGGUUGCAUUUCUUCGUGAUCAUCAGUGCUAAACUCACAGUUGGUAACUUUACGUCUUCUUUAGAUAUUUUUCAAAAGAUCGUCUGGUGACAUGUUUUCCACAGG